AUGCGCAGCGAGGGCCACAACAACUUGCCAAAUUUUGUUGGUGGACCACUUCCUCGAAACGACGAUCCGGACCAGUACGACUUCUACUGCGCAUCAAUGUUGACCUUGUUGAAACCGUGGCGCGACAUACGGCAGUUGAAGGGCGAAGCACAGACGUGGAAGGAAGCCUUCGCGGAGUUCUGCGACACUGCUACCGCGAAACAGCGGAGAUUCCUCGCUGGCGCGCAGUACUUUCACGAAUGUCAG